AUGGAGUUUUAUCCUGCCGAGCUCACCAGCCCACCAGUGCCCCUGGUGGCGCUGAUUGGCAAGCCCGAGCUGCAUAUCUCGCUCGGAGACUACCUGCGCUCCCAAAAUGUGCCACGCAUCCACAGCAUCGGCAUUUCCGACGCGCACAGCGCGGCGGGCACCUUUGGUGUCAGGAAGGCAGCACCCAGCGGCGCCACGCCCGGUAUCCUCAAGGCGGGCUGGCUGCGCAAGCACCGCACCUCGCGCCCCGCCGUGGCGGCUAUGAUCGUCGACUGCGAGUCGGUGGUGGGCGACCCCUCGGCCUGGGCCUGGCUGGUGUCGCAGCUGGAUGCAGUCAAGUCCGCGGUCAAGAGCCGCAGCACUCGCAUCGUGGUGAUCAUUGCACAGCAGGGGCCGGCGGCUGGCGUCGGCGGCGAGGUGCCCGAGGAUCGCAUCGCCAUGAUCUGCCGCCAGGCGGGCGUGGACCGCAGGUGUGUGCUGACCUUUGCGCCCUCCCAGGGCCUGCCCGCGCUGCAAGUAGUGGGCAAGGUGCUGCACGAGCAGGCGGUGCUGCACUACACCGCAGACGCGCAGCGGCGGCUGGCAGCCCACGCCCACCGCAACGUGCCUUCUACCGACCUCAACCUGCGCACAGCCUUCAAGGCAUGCUCCACCUCUGCUCGCGUCUUCCUGCUGCCACCUGCUACGAGCCUGCUGAUUCCCGCCACCGCCGCCCUGAGCACCCUGGCAGAAUUUCGUGGCGACUGGGCGGGUGCCGUACGGCUGUACCGCGAGGCGUAUGGCUAUGUACCGCAGGUGCUGGCUGGCAGCAUGGGGCAGCCGCAGCGGUUUGCUGAGGUGCGCACAGUGGCCGAGUAUGUGCAUGUCAAGGUGGCGUCACUGCUGCUGCUGGCGCUGAAGCAGGCGGCUGAGGCUGUGUCCCAGUUUGAUGCGCACCUGCGCCUGUUCAGGCAGUACACUGUGAUGGCUGAGCUGUUGCUGUCCAGCGACACUGACAUGGCGGCGCUCAAGCGAGAGCACCAGCCCGGUCACCUCUAUCUGGCGGCAGCUCAGGCUGCCAUUGAGAGGCGCAAGGUGGAGCCGGGUCUGUUUGUGGGGCAGGUUGUGCUGCUGGCAGCCGACCCCGCCGCAGCUGCAGUGGCAGCCGGCAGUGCGGUGGUGGCGGCUGCGCUGGCCGGCAUUCCCGUGUCAGGCGCUGCAGCUGCGGCUGGCGCCACCAAGCGCCUGAGUGAGGAUCAGUUUGAAGUGCACUUGGAGGCUGAGGAGGGCAAGGUGCAGCACAGCCGAGCCACGGUCGACCUGCUGCGCACCGCGCAGGAGUCCCUGCAAAGCUCGGGCCGCCGGACCGGCAAAACGCUGCAGCAUGCGAUGCAGCUGCUGGGGCACGAGCUUCUGGAGGCUGGGGAUACGGCGGCUGCGGAGCGCCUGCUCGCGGAAGUGGCGGGUGCGCACCUGUGGCUGCCACCGCUGGAGUGGCUGCCGUUGCCCCUGGCGCCGCGGGGCCCAGGGCCGGCUGCCCACACCGAGCUGUCGCUGGAGCUGGCAGCCCUGCAGGACAGCAGCCUGGAUGGCGAGCAGCGCUGCGCCAUGGCCACCGCCGCCGUGUCGGUGCUUGCGCUGGGGGAGGCGGCGGGCGAGGAGCAGCCGCAGGCGGGUGGCGCCGCACAGUACAGCGUGGCCGGCGCCGACUCGGGCUGGCUCACCGUGCUGCCAAUCUGUGCCGGGUUCUUCGACCCGGCUCGCGCCCCCGCAGCCGCAGCGGCAGCAGCGCCCGCGGCCCGCAGCAGCGUGCGCUUCGCGGCGGCAGUGUGGAACAACGCCCCCAUCGACCUGCCGCUGGUGACAGCAGAGGUGCAGCUUCGCGACGGUACCGGCGCCUUCACUGCCGUGCUGCUGCCGGAGCCGUCUGGCAGCGGCAGAGGCGGCCCCGCAUCCGCGGCAGCGGGGCUGGUGCUGCCGGCUGGGGGCUGCCUGCGACUAGGUGUUGCCGUUCCGGUGCGCUGCUCGGGCCAGCUCCAAGCUACGGCGCUGGUGUUGCAGUUUGGGGCAGGCAGCAGCAUUGCUUUCCAGCUGCGGGCGCUGAUGCCAGCGGCGGCGGGCCAGCAGCAUGCAGCCAGCACGCCGGCAGCAAUGCAGGCAGGCGCCGUGGGGUGGCUACGCGGUGGCUGGGCCAGCAGCCGGCCACCGUUCAGCGCAGCUGCCGGGUUCCUGGCGGGUAGCUGCGCCGUGGAGGUGCCGCCCCAGCACGCACCCCCGCUGCUGCUCCUCCAGGCCCCAGACAUCUUGCUGCAGGGCGAGCAGGCGGCGGUGACAGUGGCGGUGGCAGCGGCGGCGGCGGACGCCAUUCACGGCGCCACGCUGCGUGCCACGGCUGUGCACGCGGACAGCCAGCAGCAGCUGGGCCUGGUGACGGUGGGCGCGGCAGCGCCGGCGCAGCCCUCGGCGGAAGGAGGGGGGGCAUCGGAGCUGGGUGGCCGCCUGGUGCAGCACCUGGGGCAGGUGGCGGCGGGGGAGCAGCGGCAGGUGGUACUGCUUCUGGAUGUGCGGUACCGUGGCACAGUGCACCUCAACGUGGAGCUGCUGUACACGGCAGCCUGCUCCGGCGGCAGCGGCGCCUCUGAGGCGGGCCGCUGCUCCGCGUCGCUGGCGGUGCAGGCGCAGCCGCCCUGGAAGCUGGGCCUGCAGCUGCUGGGACCGCCCGCCACCCACACGCUGCUGGCGGCCCUGCAGCCGGCAGCUGGCGGCGGCUCCGGCACCAGCGGCAGCGAGGGCGGCGCGGGGGUCAUGCCUCUGGAGCAGCAGCAGCGGCGGCUGCAGGGCCUGUCUGUGCAAGACACGCCGGCUCCUCCCAGCGCCGCUACCGAGGCUGCCAUGGGCGAGGGAGCCAGGGACCUGUCGGUGCUGCUGCUCCGCAGCCUGCCACCGCGGCUGGUGCUGCCGGCGAGGCAGCGGUGCGGCGCGCUGGUGCAGCUGCAGAGCAUGGCUGCCUGCCAGCUGGACAUCCUGGCUGUGGAGGUGGAGGCGGCAGAAGGCGUGGUGGUGGUGCCCGCAGCGGCACCAGCGGUGCCAGCACGCGGCGGCGGCGGCGGCGGCGUGGAUGCACCAGCCGACACCCUCGGGCGCUCGGACAUCUUUGCCACGGCAUUCACCAUAUCUAGCAGCAGCAGCGGCGCCGCCGCAGAGCUGCCCUCGCUUGGCUUCCUGCGCCUGCGCUGGCGGCGGCACCAACGCCGCCCGCCCCUGCUGGCAGCGGCGGCGCGGGGCACCAGUCAGCUGAGCGCGGCCGCAGCCCAGGCGGCCGCUGCUGAGGUGCUGCCUGGUAGCGGGGUCGACGGCGCCGGAAGCCCGCGCGCGCAGGCAGCGGCUGCCGCAGUAGCUGCGCCUGCCUGCGAGGUGCUGGUGCCGCUGCCGGCGGUCUGCUUCCUGCCUCCGCUGCUGACAGCGGAGAUGCGCUUCCCGCCUGCCGCCACCGCCGGCAGCCCCACCGAGCUGCUCCUGCAGCUGCGCAACGGCGGCAGCACCUGCCAGGAGGUGGCUGUGACAGUGGGGGACCCACACGGCUUCCUGCUUGCUGGGCUGCUGCGCCUGCCAGAAAUUGUGGCCACCGCAGUGCAAUACAGCAAGGCUGUGGAGGUGACCCGCGGCUGUAGCGCCUUUGUGGAGCGGCCGCCGGAACUGCAGCAACAGCCUGACGAGCAACAGCAGCUCGGCCAACUCAGUCCUGGCGGAGCGGCGGCAGCAACUGCGCCAGCAAUACCUCUUGAGCCCGGCAUCAUUUAA